UUGUGGUGGCAUACAAUUUUAAUCCACGCGCUUGCAUUUUUCUUCUGAAAUCUGGAGGGAAUAUGCUGGACAGGACAGCUGUAUGGACACUAAUAUUCACCUUACCUUUGUCAAGCCGUAGCUACGAAACGUACUACCUUCUUGAGGACUGUGACGGUAGUGCAUUUCUGGAGCUUCAAGACAGCCAGUCAAAUUCUUCAGUUGCUUUGCUCCUGAGCCGGAGGUUGCCAUAUCCAGGGAACAAGUCCUGUUCAUUAAGCAUAUCUGCCCCUUGGGCCGAUGGUUUCCUUUUCGUUGUCCACAUGAUCAACAUGCGUUGGGAAUCCGCUAAGUGCCUGGAUUACGUCCAACUUCUAGAUGAAGGUGAAGUCUUGCUGCCACCUCUAUGUACAGUCCAAGCCAUUGGAUCUCGCUUCGUAGCACUGCGGGAAAAUCGCCUCACAGUGGACGUGCACAGUUUUCAGGACGAUCCAUCAGAAUUAUUCACGGGACUCAGUCUCACAGUUACUGGAUAUGUCACCAAAAGCCGAUGUAGUACCAGGGAGAUGAUAGAAUGCACACACAGUGAAGUUUGUAUAUCGAGGAGUCUUCUCUGUGAUGAAGUGGACCAUUGCGGAGACUACAGCGAUGAGGCAGAUUUCUGCAGUAAGUAUCUACCAGAGAAGUCGCACAGCAGUGUCUUUGCUGCAUCCGCGGGAUACAACAUGCUGAGGAGCCAUCUAUCUGGUUUACGUGGACUCCACUUUUGGUUUGGGCCGUAGUCUAUGGCAUACUUGGAGGAGUGAUCCUUAGAGUUUAUCGAAACAGAAUCUCACCCAUGGCAAAGGAGUGAAU